AUGGAUGACCCCUAUCAGAACAAUGUGAACCAGCAGAUGACAGAGGGUGGGGAUUACACCUACACUCAAGACGGAGGAGGUCAAGAUGGCUACCCUUACCAGACAGACUACCCCCCACAGGAUGAAGAUGCCGCCAGUGAUGCUACUGAGGGGGCAGAUGACGAUGAUCAGAUGUAUGAAGGGGAGUACCAGGGCAUCCCCCACCCUGACGAGAUCAAGGAGGCACGGCGGGCAGCUCGGCUGGAGGCCAGGAGGAAAGCCCGUCUGGCUGCCCAGCAGGAGGAGGAGGAGGAAAACCUGCCUGAGCAGUAUGAGACCAUCAUGGAGGACUGUGGCCAUGGGCGCUUCCAGUGGAUGCUCUUCUUUGUACUGGGCCUGGCGCUCAUGGCUGAUGGUGUAGAUGGCUUCGUAGUGGGCUUUGUCCUGCCCAGUGCUGAGAAGGACAUGUGCAUAUCCAACGCUGACAAAGGAUUGCUGGGUCUGCUGGUGUACGUGGCCAUGAUGGUGGGUGCAUUAGUGUGGGGUGGUCUGUGUGAUAAAAUAGGCAGGAGGAAGUGUCUAAUCUACGUCCUGACCAUCGACCUGGUCUUCUCCUUCCUGUCCUGCUUCGCUCAGGGCUACGGCUUCUUCCUCUUCUUCAGGUUCUGCUCUGGCUUUGGAAUCGGUGGUUCAAUCCCAAUCGUGUAUACCUACUUCACUGAGUUCCUGCAGAUGGAUAAACGUGGAGAACAUCUGAGCUGGCUCUGCAUGUUCUGGAUGCUGGGAGGCCUGUAUGCCUCCUUUACUGCCUGGGGAAUCAUUCCUCACUACGGCUGGGGCUUCGCCAUUGGCACACAGUUUCAGAUGCACAGCUGGAGACUGUUUAUUUUUGUGUGUCUCUUCCCUGCGCUGGCUGCACUCAUCGGAGUCAUCUUCAUGCCAGAGAGUCCACGUUUCCUGCUCGAGAAUGCUCGACAUGAUGAGGCGUGGAUGAUCCUGCGACAAGUUCAUGACACCAACUGGAAAGCCAAGGGGGAGCCUGAGAGAGUCUUCACUGUGACCAACAUCAAGACUCCACAGACUCAGGAAGAUGAGUUCAUAGAGAUCCAGAGUGACACUGGGACUGCCUUUCAGCGCUGGACUGUCAGAAAGAUGACCAUGCUGCAGCAGGUGAUGGCCAACGUGAUGUCUUUAUCUGCUCCUGAGCUCAGACUUCAAGGUCUUUUCCUGGUCAUUGUGUGGUUCUGCAUGGCCUUCAGCUACCACGGGCUGGGAGUGUGGUUCCCAGAUAUGAUCAAGUACAUGCAGUAUGAAGAGUUCGAGUCCAAGGUUCGAGUGUUUCACCGAGAACGAGUGGAACGCUUCCACUUUAAUUUCUCUCUGGUGAACCAAGUCCAUCGUGAAGGAGAGUACAUCCAUGACAAAUUUGCAAACAUAGAAAUAAAGUCUGUGAAGUUUGAAGAUUCUCUGUUUGAGAACUGCUACUUCGAGGACAUUAAGUCAACCAACACAUUCUUUGAGAACUGCACCAUCAAAAACACUGUCUUCUAUAACACAGACUUGUGGCAGGAAAAGUUUAAAGACUGUCGAAUGGAAAACACCACCUUUCUCCACCCGAAGAAAGGCUGUCAUUUAAACUUCCAGGAGGAAAAUGACAUAGUCAUCUAUAUGGUCAGCUUCUUGGGAAGCUUGGCUGUGUUGCCUGGCAACAUCAUCUCAGCACUGUUCAUGGACAAGAUAGGAAGAAUCAGAAUAAUAGGUGGUUCCAUGCUGGCAUCAUCAGCCUGCACUUUCCUGCUGCUGUUAAGUUUCAGCCAAGGAGCUGUAAUAUGUUGGCAGUGUCUCUUCUACGCCGUCAGCGUGGCAGCCUGGAAUGGACUAGAGGUCAUUUCCGUGGAGCUCUACCCCUCCUCUAAAAGAGGGACCGCGUUUGGUAUCCUGAACGGGAUCUGUAAGUUUGCAGCUAUCAUUGCCAGCUUCAUCUUUGCCUCCUUCAUUGGCAUCACUAAGAUCAUCCCCAUCUUCCUGGCCUUCGCCGCCCUCGUCUGUGGAGGUCUGGUGGCUCUGAGGCUGCCCGAAACCCGGGAGAAAAUCCUCUCUUGAAAAGCCAAAACUUCCUGCUGCUUCGGUGCCCCACACACAAUAUGGCUAAAUGGGGGAAAACACUUUUUGGGGAAGGAAUCAGCUUAAACUGAAAACAGAAAGACAAGAAAAAGAGGCUAUGUUGUGUGAAUUGUGUUUGUGAGUUUGUUAUAGUUGUAUGAUUAAAUUAUGUUGAAAACCCGUCUGGAUGCCUACAUGAACCUGAGGUUGCUCUCUGUUCCCAGGAAGCUCCCCAGGCUGCCCAGCGUUUCUGUGUUAUCAUGUGAAUCUAGUUUUUGUCAUCCUGUCAUCCCAUCGUGUGCUCACACACAGCGUGGCAACAUCUGUUUUGUUUGAGGCUUGUGUAAAAGAUUAAUAUGAGAUGAAACUGUGUUGAAAGGUGAUGUAGUUUAUGUUACCAUGUUGUGCUUUGAUUUCAUUCCCUCUUGAAGAAAGAGAGAGGAUUUAUAGUGAUAACUUGAAUUGUGUGAGAGUUCUGUUGUACUUGCAGCUGAGGCCCAGCAGCAGCAUUACUACUGGUAUUAUUAUUCAGAGAAAACACCUCCUCCAUUCCCCCAGUCUUUAUUUAUUCUGCAGUCCUAUGAUGUCGGUAGUUGUCGCUCAGUUUGUUCUCUCCAGGUAUAAACCUGGAUCCACUAGUUUAUUAAACAUAGAUGAUCUUUUUUUCAAUUGAAUUCACCCCUCUUCAGUUUUCCCAGCUGGUUCACAUCCAGGCUGACUGGAUUCUCCUCAUUUGUUAUCUUG